CCGGCGGCCGCGGAGGAGCGCGGGGAGGAGGGCGAGGGGAGGGAGGAGGUGCCCGCCCGGCUCCCUGCAAAGCGACCUUAUUUAUCGGGGCACUGCCUCGGCCUCCCCGGUGGGGGGCUCGGGGCGGCCGAAUCUCUCCCACCGGGGAGCUCCUCUCCGGGCUCGGCCGCGGGGGCCGGCCAGGCCGGGGCGCGGGGCGCGGGAGGGCCCUGCCGGCCCGGCCAGCACCCCGCCGCCGCCCCGCUCCGCCAGCGCCCAUGCCGGGCUCCCCAUGACGAGAAGACGCCCGGCGGACGGCGUGGCAUGAGCCAGGUGCCCGGGCCGAGAUCGAGCGAGGAAGAUGUCGAGCCCGGGUGUGGACGGCGACCCCAAGCCUCCAUGCUUGCCUCGCAAUGGCCUGGUAAAGCUGCCGGGCCAGCCCAACGGCCUGGGUGCAGCCAGUAUCACCAAGGGCACGCCAGCUGCCAAGAACCGCCCCUGCCAGCCACCUCCCCCGCCCACCCUCCCACCACCCAGCCUGGCUGCCCCACUGCCACGGGCUGCCCUGGCUGGGGGCCUGUGCCCCCCAGCAGGGCUCCCCCUUGGUGGACCAGCCUCAGCCCCAGUUCCCGGGCCCCCGGUGGAGCGGCCACCACUGGCCACAGAUGAAAAGAUUCUCAAUGGCCUCUUCUGGUACUUCUCAGCCUGUGAGAAGUGUGUGCUGGCCCAGGUGUGUAAGGCCUGGCGGCGUGUGCUGUACCAGCCCAAGUUCUGGGCGGGCCUCACACCUGUGCUGCACGCCAAGGAGCUCUACAAUGUGCUGCCCGGUGGCGAGAAGGAGUUUGUGAACCUGCAGGGCUUCGCUGCGCGCGGCUUUGAGGGCUUCUGCCUGGUUGGCGUCUCCGACCUGGACAUCUGUGAGUUCAUCGACAACUACGCCCUCUCUAAGAAGGGGGUCAAGGCCAUGAGCCUCAAGCGCUCCACCAUCACUGAUGCCGGCCUGGAGGUGAUGCUGGAGCAGAUGCAGGGCGUCGUGCGCCUCGAGCUGUCGGGCUGCAAUGACUUCACCGAGGCAGGGCUAUGGUCCAGCCUGAGCGCGCGCAUCACUUCGCUGAGCGUCAGCGACUGCAUCAACGUGGCCGACGAUGCCAUUGCGGCCAUCUCGCAGCUGCUGCCCAACCUGGCCGAGCUGAGCUUGCAGGCAUACCACGUGACGGACACGGCGCUGGCCUACUUCACGGCCCGCCAGGGCCACAGCACGCACACGCUGCGCCUGCUCUCCUGCUGGGAGAUCACCAACCACGGCGUGGUCAAUGUGGUGCACAGCCUGCCCAACCUCACCGCGCUCAGCCUCUCUGGCUGCUCCAAGGUCACGGACGACGGCGUCGAGCUCGUGGCCGAAAACCUGCGCAAGCUGCGCAGCCUCGACCUCUCGUGGUGCCCGCGCAUCACUGACAUGGCGCUGGAGUACGUGGCCUGCGACCUGCACCGCCUGGAGGAGCUGGUGCUGGACAGCAGGUGUGUGCGCAUCACGGACACUGGCCUCAGCUAUUUGUCCACCAUGUCGUCCCUCCGCAGCCUCUACCUGCGAUGGUGCUGCCAGGUGCAAGACUUUGGGCUGAAGCACCUCCUGGCCAUGAGGAGUUUGCGCCUCUUGUCUCUGGCAGGCUGCCCGCUGCUGACCACCACGGGGCUGUCGGGCCUGGUGCAGCUGCAGGAGCUGGAGGAGCUGGAGCUGACCAACUGCCCUGGGGCCACUCCGGAGCUCUUCAAAUACUUCUCGCAGCACCUGCCCCGCUGCCUCGUCAUCGAGUAGCGCGGGGCCCCCGCUCCCCCCAGGAAGCCGCUGCGGCGGGCUCGCCUUCUCCCGGCCCUGCCCUCAGGGGGCCCUCCGCCCGCAGCCCCGCCAGGCCGGCGACCCAGCACGAGCCCGCCCCGUGCCCCUCCUGGCCCCGCCGCGUGGGGGACGGCGGGCGGGCCCAGCCCCACGCACGCUGCACACUCGGGGACUCCGUGCAUGCCCCUCGUGCCCGCACUGCACGCCCGCCCUCCACCGCACCACAGCCGCCUCCAUCUGUCGUCCACCCGCCGGGAGCUAGGGGGCCCGGCUCGGCCCCGGGGGGUGCUCUGAGCUCUCCGGCGGCCUCCCCACUGCCUUCUCCGCCGCGCCGCGCUCUGUGUCUCCUCGCUGUCCCCCCAUCUCGGGCAGGGCCCAGAGGGACCGAGGGGAGCCGGGCCCCCCAGGACACAGGGGCCCGAAGAGCCCCAAGGGCUUCCCGCAUUUUCCAUGCCUGCUGCCCUCGGAGGAGUGAGAGGGGGAACAGGUCUCGCCAAAGCCAUGGCCCGCCAAGGAGCCCAAGUCCCACCCACCCCUGCCCCACCUCAUGCCAGCCUGACCCCAUGGCCCUCCCCUUGUCCCGGCAGCUGUAGGAGGCGGUCCCCGCUCUCCUCGCCCCCAGCUGCAGGCCCACAGGCCCUCGGCCAUGCCAGGGGACAACCGCGUUGGCGGGAGGGACACACUGGCUGACCGGUUUGGGUAUACCCGACACGGCCGAGCGGGCUGUGGCGUGGGGCCACCCUGGUGGGGGCACCGGGGGUACCACUGCCUCCAGAGACCCCAAGCUGGAGCAACCCAGGCCCUGUAGGCAGUCCCGAGGGGACCCCGCAGCACAGCCCCGCAGCCGGCUGGGCCAGCCUGCCGAGUGCCACACGGUACCCGGGUAGGCCUGUCGGGGGCAGCCGGGAAGGUGGGCCCUGGCCGGGGCUCGGGACCUGUGCCCCCCCCAGCAACUCCAGCACCCCGAGGAGAGAGCGCCCACCCCCUCCCCAGCUCCCCAGCCCUCUGCCUGUCCAAGUGGGCUCUGGCCGUGUUCCGUCCAAUCCCAAGACAUACGGAGGUCCUGGGGGGAUGCUGGCACAGCUUGGCAACUGCUGAGGAGGGGGCUGGGACCCCUUUCCAUCUCCACCUUGAGCCCCAGGAAGUACAGUGCCCACACCCAAUCUUGGGACCCCCCCCCCAUAUGGUUGGAAGAAAGUAACCAGUUUCCAGAGAGCCAGAGAGUGAGAGAGCGAGCGAGAGAGUGAGAGCGCGAGUGAGCGAGCGAGAGAUGCUGUUGAAGCGGACGCGGUUCAGCAGCCCAAAGAUUUCCCCGCCCCGGCAUGCCCCGCGGGGGCUGCGGGGCUGAGGGUCGGAGCCAGUUUCUUCAGCGCCUCCUCCUCACGCCUCCCUAGUGGGAGGAGGCAGCUGUCCAUUUGUCCAAAGUAUUAAUGCAACUGAAGCUGUGAUAUUUCGAACGACUGUAGGAGGAAAAAUUAAGGGGAGAGAGGAAAACAAACAAAACCAACCAACCCCUAAAAUCAUUUUCUUAUUGUACAUAACGACCUCAUUCUCCUGUAUAUGCGGAAGAUAUAACCUUAUAUUUGGUAAGUGUUUCUUGUGCUAUUUUAUCACGUGACCUGUUUAUAAAAAUAUAUAUUAAAAAAGUUGUAAAAACA